GGUCUGUGUGCACGUGACUCUCAUCACAAUAAAAAGCUAUAGCUAGCUAGCUAGCUGAGCUCGAGCUAUGGCACACGUACACCAGCAUCAGAGACCCAUUGACAAAGAAUUUGAGGAUGCAGACGACACUGGAGUGCUUACUUUAACAGGGCGGAACCUGCGAACCUUCCCUGUGGUAGCUCAAGACCUCGUGGACUACCUGGAGAUUGUUGAGGCCGAUUUCUCAAAGAACAGGUUUGAUCGCUUACCAAAAGAAGUGGUAUCUUUCAAGAGCUUGGUGAAGAUCACAUGUCAUCAUAAUAACCUUCGCUACAUUCCAGCUGAGAUGUCUACUCUCCCAGAGCUGCGAACAGUGGACCUUAGCCGUAACUUUAUUCAGACGGUUCCAGUGGAAAUCUGUCGAAUGAGACUUAAAUCUCUGAAUCUGAGCAACAAUCGCCUGUUGUCCAUCCCUGUAGAGUUUGGGAAGCUGACACACCUCCAAUAUUUGAACUUGAGCUGCAACAGUCUCCAGGAGCUGCCUCCAUCCUUUGCAGAGCUCUCUGCUCUUCAGUAUUGUGACCUGCAUAGGAACGAGCUCAAGGAUCUUCCAGAGGGUAUAUUAGCCAUGAACUCUGACCCCGUAUCUUAUGUGGUGUAUACAGAUCUCUAUCAGCUGACUGAGUUACAAUUCUUGGAUGUGUCUUCCAAUCAGAUCACUCGAUUGCCUCCCAGUCUCCGGAAUCUUACCAGUAUUCAGGCUUUGCGGGUAAUGGACAAUCCUCUCGAGUCUCCCCCCUCACAACUGUGUCUGCGUGGAUUGGUACACAUGUUCAAGUAUUUGGAGGAGUUGGACAAGCGAGGCAGUGAUUCCAGUCUCGCCUCAUCACGAGACUCUAGUAUGAAUAGACGCAGGACCAAACAACGCCCACUCUCCACAAGACCAGUCUCUGAGAGCACACCUGUCAAAAAUGGGGGACAAGUGGGUUUGUUAGAUGACUUCACAACACUGGUCAACAAGACCUUUGGAGACGGGGAAGGUACGCCCACUGGGGGCAAUAUGCACUGGAGUGUGGCUCAGUUCAUGACAGAAGACAAACCUCCAAGCCCACUCUUGGACCAGAGCAGAGAUGAGUACAGAGAAGCUUCACAAAGACUCUAUAAGCAUCAAGAGAAAAACAAGAGCAAGGUUCAGCGAUCAGCUUCACCACCUGUGUCAGGAAUCAAGGAGGAAGUGUUAGUUGCGGGAGGUUCUAAUACUUUACCUAAACGCAAGAAUGAGGCUCCUCUGGAAGAUGGGGUUAAAGGUCGUAUGUUGCCGGGGGAAACGCAGCCUCGCAGUGGAUCAUGGAACUCCCACACACGCAAUGCAAAGGCUGUCCUGCCCAACAAAUACAGUGCCACCCCUCCAGCAGAAAGGGCCAGGUCUGCCAAUGUCAGUGAUGAGGAGAAAGCUCGCCGUAAUUCACCGGCGCACCGCCCACAGUCUCUGGCUGCAGAGUCUCCCAAGAGAGCUAGUAAACUGGGUGGUCUAGAGGUGACCUCUGGUGGUGGACAAGGUCAUAGUUCAGGAGCAGGAGGUCAUCGCCCUGAGAGCGAUCGUGAAGGCAGCAUCACUCCAACCAAUGAGACUCCGCCCAUUAUUGACAGUGGACCAACCACACCCACUAAGAAAGCUCCACAUGACGCAGCCCCUGUCAUUAGCAUGGUCAUUCAAGAGCUUGAGGGAUCCCCAACAGUUAAGAAACGUCGUCUCCCCCCGGCAGAGGCACCCCCCAUAGUGCCGCCCCCCACAGAGCUAGUAGUGGAAGCUGAUUGGACAAUGGCAACUUCUCCACGGAAGAAGAAAGAGAAAGAUGUAUUCAAGUUUCUCAAAGAGAGUGAUACCAACUACACCAUUCGCCGUCAGCAGCUACAAAUGAAUCUUGUCUUGGAGAAGAAUCAACACGUCAAAAAGGCUGUGGAGGGUGUGUUAGGUGUGGAGCUGGCUGAUGAUGUGGGUGAGUGGGUGUCAGAUGGAGUACUCCUCUGUGAGCUGGUCAAUAAGUUACAUCCUGGUACUAUCACCACCAUCAACACACCUCCUGUUGGUCAAAAAAUAUCGCGUAUCAAGCAGACCAUCAACAUCUCUGCUUUCAUUGAUGCAUGUAAAAAGCUUAAAGUUCCAGAAGAGGAGCUGUGCUCUGCAGGGGACAUUAUUGACGUCAGAGAUCCUAUUAGAGUCAUCACUUGUCUACAGCGUGUACUAGACUCUGCUGGGAAUUAGUCACACUUGCCUAGAUUGUUUUAAUCAUGAUGGAAUUUAUAUAUUAUUGUGUAGUUAGUUCACUAUCAUUGCAAAUUGUAUUGUCAGCAGAAUAUCGCUAUUUCGAGAGCAGAA